GGCGGGGGGAGCGAGGGGGUAAGGUGGGAGGUCAGUGCCUCCCCUCCACCCGGCUCCUGCUGAAGUGCAUCUUUUACUUGCACAAAUGCAUUUAUCAUUCAUUUCAGAGGCCAGAAGGACAUCUUUUAGAACGAACGUUGAAAUAAUGGUUUUCAAAUUGCACCCAGGAACCCGGCCAUUCGCAGCUUGGGGGGGCGGAAGUGUGGCUCUCGUGGACACAGGAAGUGUGGCGUUCAGGGACCGCGUGGGUGUAAUUUUGAUUGGUGGACGAGGGCCCGGGCGCGAGGCCUCGUCUCUGAUUGGUCGCAGGCUGAAUGAGCACUCGGGAUUGGCCGAUAAGCAUAGGCGGAAGUGUGGGUGUGGGCUACCCGGUUGGUUAACCGAGGGACCGGAAGUGUGGCUCUCAUUUACGCUCCGGGCUCAGGGUCGGAGAAAACCACUAGGGGUAUUGGGUCCCAAAUGAAUUGACCCGGCGUCUGGUCUCGGAGGACUUGUACUUUCUGGCGAGAGUCUUAUAUUUCGAACGGAAUAGGCCAUGGCGGACUCAAAGCUGCUAGUGCCGGAGCUCAGCGACGCAGAGGCAGUGGGUGCCGAGAAGGCGCGUUUGGAGGAGCUGCUGCUGCAGGCCUCCAAGGAGCUCCAGCAAGCCCAGACAAGGCCAGAAUCCACACAGAUCCAGCCUCAACCCGGUUUCUGCGUAAAGACCAACUCUUCGGAAGGGAAGGUUUUCAUCAACAUCUGCCACUCGCCUUCCAUCCCUCCUCCGGCCGAUGUGACCGAGGACGAGUUGCUCCAGAUGUUGGAGGAGGACCAAGCCGGGUUUCGGAUCCCCAUGAGUCUGGGAGAGCCUCAUGCCGAAUUGGAUGCAAAAGGCCAGGGUUGUACCGCCUACGACGUAGCUGUCAACAGUGACUUCUACCGGAGGAUGCAGAACAGCGAUUUCUUCCGAGAGUUUGUCAUCACCAUCGCCAGGGAGGGCCUUGAGGACAAGUACAGCCUGCAGCUGAAUCCCGAGUGGCGCAUGUUGAAGAACCGGCCUUUCAUGGGCUCCAUCUCGCAGCAGAACAUCCGCUCCCAGCGGCGCCCGCGGAUCCAGGAGCUGGGGGGCCAGUUUGCUCUGGACGCGCAGAGCCUUGAGGACGGCCCAGAAAAGCCUCACCUGAGCCUCUGGCUGGAAACCCCCGACCUCCUCUUGGCGGAAAUUGACCUCCCCAAACUGAAUAGUGCCCUGGGGCUGUCGCUGGAGAUUGGGGAGCGCCGCUUGGUGGUGGGGGGCCCCCAGCAGCUCUACCGUCUGGAUGCCUCUGUCCCCUUCCGGAUCAACUCUGACGAGAGCAAGGCAGCCUUUCACCAGAGGAGGAAGCAACUGAUGGUGGCCAUGCCCCUUCUGUUGGCGCCUUCGUGACUGCGUCUGCCUGGGCUUCGGAGUGGGGAGCAGCUGGUGGCGUAGCCAAUGUUGCAAUAAAGCACGUUUGCCUUGU